GGGCUCCUUCAGCCAUCGGGAAGCGCGAAAUAGUCGUUCGACACCCCUAGCCCCCCACCCCACCCUGCCGCGGUGCUCGGCUGGGCCCGGGAGCUUCCCAGCCUGUCCCUCCGGGAGCUCAAGAUCGGUGCGGACAUUGGCGGUCAACCGAGCCACGUACCAGCGCGGUGGGGCGGACUGUUAGACAGCCCCCGGCCCUCGCCCGCCAGCCUGCGAACUCUACCGAGGGUCACUGGCACCCAGCCGAGGGUCGCUAGCACCCAGAUUCAGACAACCCCUCCACGACGUGCCUGCAGACAGAGAUUCUCAGGCUACUCUGUUCCUUUCUAAUUCUCAACCUUCGCACCUGCCUUCCCCAGGUCCCCUCCCUGAUCACCUUCCGGGUCUCUCAGGGUCAGCUCCUUGGUCGCAUGUCCCACCCCUUCACUCACCGCUAUCUUGACUACACCCGUCUGCCGUUCUGAACGCUUUUCGGUUCCACACGUGGGCCUCCUCGCUGGCCUCAACCUUCACACAACCUGUUCCCUCUUCAGGAGCAUUCUUCGUUUGGGAACACCUGCUCGUCUUCAAAUGUUGCCUCAGCAUCACCUCCUUUGGAAAGCUUACCUUGACUUCCCUUGCUAGGUCGGGUUCCCAGCCUCUGAGACUCGUCCUCGCUGGUUUUCACUUAGGAUUUUAAUGUCUGAUUCCCACUGGAAUCAGCUUACUCAGGGACCACUCCUGUCUUUUUGUCUUCUAUUUUCUAUAGUAAUUUUUAAUUAAAAUAUUUUUAAACGAAGGAAAUUUACAUCAGUUGAUUAAAUUUUAGGUAGAAACUAAAAUACAUAAGUUCUAAAAAACACUAUUUGCACUUUAAAGUUUAGAGCCUGUAUUUUUUAACAAAUACAGCCAUAUUAGUUAGUUGAUGAAUCAGAACUUUGACCUUCCCCUCCCCUCUCCAUCUCUGCAGGAAUACCGAGGUUGGUCUUUACCCCUGAUCUGUAAUCAUGACUCUUCAUGUGUUGUCUGUUUUUCUUCUCUCCUGCAUCUCUCUCCCUCUCCCCCACUCUUGCAUAGCCCUAAUAUAAAAGAGAAUAUAAUUAUAUGUAUUUUAUUAUUUGUAUCUGCUGAAUCUUUCACUAUUUUAUAUUUUUAAAAUUUAAAGUGUGGAUGCAGAAAAUGAGGAUAGAGAGAUUGUUUUUUAUUUCUUUCUUUAAAUGUGAAACUGCUAUUUACUUGAAAAUGGUUGCCCCCAAAAUACGAACCUUUUUCAUCGGAGGUCAGUUGUGCUUAAUAGAAAGUAUUCUAUGUUGGACUAGAAAAUAUAUCUGGAGCAAUAGUCAAGAGGAGGCUUCUUUUAUUGUUAGAUGCACCACACACAGCUUAAGGGAGCGUGAGACUAGGAUUCUGCACUCUGCCUCCCCACGAUCCCAUGUCCUCAGGUGAGGCCUCCCACCCUUAGGGUCUCUGAUCUUUGUCAAGAACCAUUCGGGGGCUGUGUGUAGAAGAAGGGGCACUGCCCUUGAGCUUGCAUCCAACUCUGCUGCAUUCAAGCUCAGCGACCUUAGGCAGGUCCUGUGACUCUCCUUCCCUGUGGUACAAGGGAGGUGAUGUUAUCGAGAUCGCAACAUUGCGUGGUGCUCCAAGGAUAGGGGCUAUGCAGGGGCUCCACUCGGCUUGGCUCCUGCCUUCCCCAGACCAGGGGAACCUGAACCGAGAACCACUCUGGGCCAUAGACAUGGCAUAAGGAGGCAGGGGUGAGGACAGAGAGCACCACUCAGGCUCUUCCAAAAUCGAAGGGUCCCCUUGCUUCUGGAUGCUGUCUUAUGGUGAAGUACAAGCAGAGGGGAAGUGAGACUACGCUGGUGACCCCCAUGGGAUCCCUCCCGGCUCCCCGCAGUGGGGCCGGAGUACACGGGGAACGAGGAGACUCGGCCUCCACAGCCCCAGGAGCCUCAGCAGAGACGUGUAUCCAGGCCUCUUAUUCCCAGUGGAACUUGCUGGCGAGACACUGGGCUCUGGACUCCAACAGGGCUGAGUCACACCCUGGCUCUACCACUCGGGAAUUGUGUGACUUUGAGCAAACCUCGGACUCUCUUGGAAGCCCCAUUUCCUGCCUGUAAGACUAUUCUCCUCCCUUUCUCCUGGAGCAGCACUUCCAAAGCUGCAGGGAGGCUGACGUGACCUGACAGCUUGUCCAGGGGCCAUCACCGGUGGUGGAGGUUGGGGUGAGAUGGGAAGAAGAAAGGGACACCUGCUCAGCAAACUUUUGCUUCCAGCCACCAAAGGCAGAGGGAAAACCAAGCUGCUGCUAUUGACAGUACAACCUGAAGGAGGUGGAGCCGUCCCCAGGGAGCCUCUGGGGCUUGCUGACAUCCACGACUACCAGCUGCAGGCGCCGGCCCACUCCUCAGCCCCUGCUGGGGCCCCCCAGGAGCGGUGGCGUCCCCUGGAGGAGCGACUGGGAAGGCUGGAGGCUGAGGUCACGGAGCUCAGAGAACAGAACAAAGACCUGCAGGGGAGGGUGAGGCAGCUGGAGUCCUGUGAAUGCCACGCGGCUUCGCCCCAGUGCUGGGGGCUGGGUCGGGCCUGGCCCGAGGGGGCUCGCUGGGAGCCUGAUGCCUGCACAGCCUGUGUCUGCCAGGACGGGGCUACACACUGUGUCCCCCAGCCUGGGCUGCCCCAUUGCCAUGGCUGCAGCCACAAUGGUCAGGCCUAUGGCAAUGGGGAGACCUUCGCCACAGAUGCCUGUACCACCUGCCGCUGCCUGGAAGGAGCCGUAACCUGCACCCAGAAGCCAUGCCCAAGAGGACCCUGCCCGGAGCCGGGAGCGUGCUGCCCGCACUGCGAGCCCGGCUGUACUGGAGGCCACAGGAGUGGGGAAACGUGGCAACUGGAGCCCUGUGUCAUCUGUACCUGUCAGGCAGGGACGGUGCAGUGCCAGGGGCCCUCAUGCUCAGAGCUCAACUGCCUGGAGAGUUACACCCCACCUGGGGAGUGCUGCCCCAUCUGCCGGCCAGGCUGUGAGUAUGAGGGACAGCUUUAUGAGGAGGGGGCCAACUUCCUGUCCAGCUCCAACCCUUGUCUCCAAUGCUCCUGCCUGAGGAGCCUGGUUCGCUGUGUGCCCAUGAAGUGCCCGUCCACCCCCUGCCCUGGACCAGUCCUGAGGCCCGGGCACUGCUGCCCGACCUGCCAAGCCCAAGGCUGCACAGAAGGUGGUUCUCACUGGGAGCAUGGCCAAGAGUGGACCACACCUGGGGACCCCUGCCGGAUCUGCCAGUGCCUGGAGGGCCACAUCCGGUGUCACCAGCGAGAAUGUGCCAGCCUGUGCCCAUACCCUGCCCGGCCCCUCCCGGGCACCUGCUGCCCUGUGUGUGAUGGCUGUUUCCUAAAUGGGCGAGAGUACCGCAGCGGGGAGCCCGUGGGCUCUGGGGACCCCUGCUCCCACUGCCGUUGUGCCAAUGGGAGUGUCCACUGUGAGCCUCUGCCCUGCCCACCAACGCCCUGCAGACACCCAGGCAGGAUCCCUGGGAAGUGCUGCCCAGUCUGUGACAGCUGUGAGUACCAGGGACACCAGUAUCAGAGCCAGGAGACCUUCAGACUCCAAGAGAGUGGCCGCUGUGUCCGCUGCUCCUGCCAGGCCGGCGAGGUCUCCUGUGAGGAGCAGGAGUGCCCGGGCGCCCCCUGCACCCUGUCUGACUCUGGCCCCCAGCUCUGCCCAGCCUGCGUGCUUGGUGGAGAGGAGUUUGCUGAGGGGGUCCAGUGGGAGCCUGAUGGUCAGCCCUGCACAACCUGUUCCUGUCAAGCUGGGGUGCCCGUGUGCAGGGCUUUGCUCUGCUCCCCAGCCCCCUGCCAGCACCCCACCAAGCCCCCCGGUGCCUGCUGCCCCAGCUGUGAGAGCUGCACCUACCACGGCCAAGUGUACGCCAACGGGCAGAACUUCACAGAUGCAGACAACCCUUGCCACACCUGCCACUGCGAGGAUGGGACCGUGACAUGCUCCUUGGUCAACUGCCCUCCCACAACCUGUGCCAGGCCCCAGAGUGGACCCGGCCAGUGCUGCCCCAGGUGCCCAGCUUCCAAGUGGCACCUCUGCAGUGGCUCUGAACUCAAGGGUGGAGGGACUGUCAGCCUGCUCCUUGCACUGUCAGUCUUUGUCUCCACUCCUGCCCACCCGCCCCACCGCCCAGACUGCAUCCUGGAGAAGCAAGUGUUUAUGGAUGGCGAGAGCUUCUCCCACCCCCGAGACCCCUGUCAGGAAUGCCAGUGCUGGGAAGGCCAUGCCCACUGCCAACCUCGGGCCUGCCCCAGGGCCUCCUGUGCCCACCCGUUGCCUGGUCCCUGUUGCCAGAACAACUGCAAUGGCUGUGCCUUUGCUGGGAAAGAGUACCCCAACGGAGCAGACUUCCCCCACCCCUCCGACCCCUGCCGCCUGUGUCACUGUCUGAGCGGCCACGUGCAGUGCCCGGCCCGCCGCUGCCCGCCCUUGCCCUGUCCAGAGCCACUCCUGUUGCCAGAAGAGUGCUGCCCGCAGUGCCCGGCCACCCCCUCUGGCUGCCCUCGGCCCGGGGGCGGGGUCCCCGUCCGCCACCAGGAGCACUUCUCCCAGCCCAACGACCCCUGCCGCCGCUGCCUCUGCCUCGACGGCUCCGUGUCCUGCCAGCGGCUGCCCUGCCCACCGGCGCCCUGCGCCCACCCGCGCCAGGGGCCCUGCUGCCCCGCCUGUGACGGCUGCCUGUACCAGGGGAAGGAGUUCGCCAGCGGCGAGCGCUUCCCUUCGCCCACUGCCCGGUGCCACAUCUGCCUCUGCUGGGAGGGCAGCGUCAGCUGUGAGCCCAGGGCCUGUGCCCCAGCACAGUGCCCCUUCCCUGCCAGGGGUGACUGCUGCCCUACCUGUGAUGGCUGCGAGUACCUAUGGGAGUCCUACCUGAGCAGCCAGGAGUUUCCGGAUCCCCGAGAGCCCUGCAAUCUGUGUACCUGUCUCGGAGGCUUCGUGAACUGUAGCCGCCGGCCCUGUGAGCCUCUGGGCUGCAGCCACCCACUCACCCCGUCUGGGCACUGCUGCCCGACCUGCCAGGGAUGCCUCUAUCAUGGGGUCACCGCUGCCCCCGGAGAGACCCUUCCUGACCCGCUCGACCCCACCUGCUCCAUCUGCACCUGUCAGGAAGGCUCCGUGCGCUGCCAGAAGAAGCCGUGUGCUCCAGCUCUGUGCCCCCAUCCCUCCCCAGGGCCUUGCUUCUGCCCUGUUUGCCACAGACACAUGUCACCCGCAGGCUGCCUCUCUCAGGGCCGGGAGCACCAGGAUGGGGAGGAGUUUGAGGGGCCCGCAGGCAGCUGUGAGCGCUGUCGCUGUCAGGCUGGCCAGGUCAGCUGUGAGCGGCUGCAGUGCCCACCUCUGCCCUGCCCACUCCAGGUCACAGAGCCCGGGAGCUGCUGCCCUCGCUGCAGAGGCUGCCUGGUUCAUGGGGAGGAGCACCCUGAAGGCAGUAGCUGGGAGCCCCCCGACAGCCCCUGUUCCUCCUGCAUGUGUCAUGAGGGUGUCAUCACCUGUGCCCGCGUCCAGUGUGUCACCUCCUGUGCCCAGCCUCACCUGGGGCCCCGUGACUGCUGCCCUCCAUGCUCUGCCUGUGAGCAUGAGGGUCGGAAGUAUGAGCCCGGGGAGAGCUUCCAGCCUGGCGCAGACCCCUGUGAAGUGUGCACCUGUGAGCUGCAGCCUGAGGGAACUCCCAGCCUUCGCUGUCACCGGCGGCAGUGUCCCAGCCUGGUGGGCUGUCCCACCAGCCAGCUCCUGCCCCCUGGGCCCCAGCAUUGCUGCCCCACCUGUGCCCAGCCGCUGAGUCCCUGCACGGAGCACCUGCAGGGGUCUAAGCUGGCCCCGCCAGACCCCUGCUACACCUGCCAGUGCCAGGACCUGACUUGGCUCUGCAUUCACCGGGCCUGUCCUGAGCCCAGCUGUCCCCUGUUGGAGCGCCAUACCCCCCCUGGGAGCUGCUGUCCCGUGUGCCAGGAAUGUGUGGUGGAAGCUGAGGGCCGGAGAGUGGCAGAUGGAGAGAGCUGGCGGGACCCCAGCGACGACUGUAUCACUUGCACCUGCCGUCGGGGCCGCGUGGAGUGCCACCUGGAAGAGUGCCAGGCCCUCUCCUGCCCCCACGGCUGGGCGAAGGUGCGGGAGGCUGGCAGGUGCUGUGAGAGAUGCCAAGCCCCCGCCCAGUCGUGCGCGCACCAGGGCCGGCAGGUGGCCUCCGGGGAGCGCUGGGCCGUGGACGCCUGCACCAGCUGCUCCUGCGUAGCCGGCGCCGUGAGCUGCCAGAGCCAGCGCUGCCCGCCGCUCUCCUGCGGGCCCGACGAGGCCCCCGCCCUGCGUCCCGGCAGCUGCUGUCCCCGCUGCCUGACCCGGCCCGCUUCCUGCAUGGCCUUCGGAGACCCUCAUUACCGCACCUUCGACGGCCGCCUGUUGCACUUCCAGGGCAGCUGCAGCUACGUGCUGGCCAAGCACUGCCGUGGAGCCGACUUUAGCGUGCACGUGACCAACGAUGACCGGGGCCGGAGCGGCGUGUCCUGGACCCACGAGGUGGCCGUGCUGCUGGGAGACGUGGCCGUGCGGCUGCUGCAGGGCAGGGCGGUCACGGUGGACGGGCGCCCCGUUGCCUUGCCCUUCUUGCAGGAGCCUCUGCUGUAUGUGGAGCUGCGGGGACGCACGGUGAUGCUACACGCCCAGCCGGGGCUCCAGGUGCUGUGGGAUGGGCAGUCCCAGGUGGAGGUGAGAGUGCCUGGCUCCUACCGGGGCCAGAUUUGUGGGCUCUGUGGCAACUUCAAUGGCUUUGCCCAGGAUGAUCUGCAGGGCCCUGAGGGGCUGCUCCUGUCCACUGAGGCUGAGUUUGGGAAUAGCUGGCAGGUCCCAGAGGGGCCAGGACCUGGUCGGCCCUGUUCCAAGGGCCGUGAGGUGGAUCCAUGCCGGGCAGCAGGGUACCGUGCCAGGCGUGAGGCCAACGCCCGGUGCAGGGUGCUGAAGUCCUCCCCGUUCAGUCGCUGCCAUGCCGUGGUGCCACCAGAGCCCUUCUUUGCCGCCUGCGUGUAUGACCUCUGUGCUUGUGGUCCUGGCUUCUUGGCUGACAAAUGCCUCUGUGACGCCCUAGAAGCCUAUGCCAGCCACUGUCGCCAAGCAGGGGUGACUCCUGCCUGGCGGGGCCCCACGCUCUGCGUGGUGGGCUGCCUCCUGGACCGUGGCUUCGUGUUUGAUGAGUGUGGCCCACCCUGUCCCCGCACCUGCUUCAACCAGCAUGUCCCCCUGGGGGAGCUGGCGGCCCACUGCGUAAGGCCCUGUGUUCCCGCCUGCCGGUGCCCCGCAGGCCUGGUGGAGCACGAGGCCCACUGUAUCUCACCCGAGGCCUGCCCCCCAGUCCUACUCACUGGGGACCAGCCACCCAGCACUCUGCCCAACCCCAGCCAGAAGCCCCAGGGCCAGGAACCCUGAGCCAGGAUGACACCGACCAGGACUCAUCAGGCUAGAAGUCUCUCCUCGGAGAGAAGCUCCCACACUGCCCGGGCAUCGGGAGCCUGGCUCUGGGCCCCGCAAAGGCCCCAGCCGUGUGGAGUCAGAAGCAGUAAACUCGGGAACUGCCCUAAGGUUUCUCUGUGUGAAUGUGUGCUGCCUCUGGGUGCUGCGCUGGUGGUGUGGGCUCUUUGGAACAUGGGGUCCAGAGGUCAGUGUCCCCAGACUCAGGGUGGUAGCAGCUGUGGGGUGGACUUUGCCCACUCUCUGCGCCUGCAUCUCUGGGCUGCCCCUACCUGCCAUACCCUGGUGCUGCCUGGGAAACCCUGCGAUGGGCAGAAGGAGGACCCAGGUGUCCUGGUCCCAGCCCUGUGUUUACAUGUAGCAGGCACGGCCUGUGGCCCCCGUGUGCGGCCCUCUGUGGGGCUCUCUGUGGAUCCAGGUGGAAUCCUGCAGGGGCUGAGGAACACUGGGAAAGGGCUCAGUGCCCACAUGGCAUCCCCCUUUCCUUGGGGAUAUUGAGCGCUCAGGCACCUCCCGGGCAACCCUAAGAGCUGGUGACACAAGGACCCCACGCCUGGGUGGGGAACAGGAGAGACAAUGUUUCUGUGAUGACAUACAGACACAUGUGAUGAAAUACACACACACACACCCCUCAAAAACCCAGAUAAACACAUGCAUGUAUCCCUCGUGUGUUCGCAGCUACACCCACCCCUGACGGACAUGUGGGCAGGGGACACACAUGUGACUUUCAAAGACAUCCUUAUAGGGGAAAGAACGUGGGUUUU